CAGGGUAACAGUCAAGUACCUUUGUUAUUACAUCUUGGUGCUCGUGCCAAACAAGCAUGGUAUAGCAAUACGCACCGUGUCAUGAGGAUAUGUCAAACGACCCUCUUUCACCCAUCGCGCCGGCGCGCGUGCGGGUGCUCGUCCUUCCUGCCGGGCGCAUCAAGAAGCAGCGCUUUAUGACCUUCCUGGACCGACUACACCAACAUGACAGCGUACGACUAGGAGACAUCAGCCCCGAUGGCAGGUCCAGCAAGACCAUCUUCUCGCCUCUGGCCUUUCCGAAUGGUUCGCUCCUAUACAACUUCUCGACCUCCAUGGCACCGCCGUCGCAUACCCAACUGGCCCCUUUUGACUUGUUCCGAGAGCCCAUGAUGGUGCUGGGCAUUGCAGAUGCUCUAGAAUACGAGUCUUCGCCCAAGGAUGAACUACAAGAGGUGGCAGACAAACUGGCCGAGCAGUUCCCCAAGAUACUCGUCUCACAACUGCUCGUCAUGGACUGCACAGCAGAGCAGCAAGAGAGCUGGAGUCUGGACUCAGCCAUCUGCGUACCACCCUCGCAUGCUACAAAGACAACCACCAUGAAUACCAUCAUGUGCGACAUCUCGGCAAAACUACUGUCAGAGAUGGGAACAUACGCGACCGCCGUCCAGGCUCUACCCAGUGUCCAGUCGCCAGGAGCUGCUGCCCGCCCGUCCGACUCUCGUCCGCAUCUCGAUCGCUCAUUGUCGCUAGCUUCACGUCCAGAGUCGCCCGCCGAUCCCUCUGCUGUCUUUUCGCCCUCCGACACGCAUCCUUCACGGGGUCCACCCACGAACUUCGAUGAAAUGGGAGCACACACGAGGUCUGACAGCGGUAAGAUGGCGAAUAGAGAUCGCAUGUCGGUUCAAGCAUUCGGCUCGACCAGCGCACAAGAAAAAGCAAAGAACAAGGGCAAGGCAAGAGUUGGUAUCGUUGUUGGCAAUCUCUACAUGCUGGCCGGACGCUGGAACGAUGCAUGGCGGGAGCUUGUCGAGAACACAAACAAGGCCCGUACUGCUACAGACUAUCUGUGGUAUGCCAAGGGCUUGGAGAGUAUUGUCGUCUGCAUGCUACUGCUCAUCUGGUCUGGUUUCGACUUUCCCAUCCCUGCCAUCUGCAACUCUGGCCCCGACAGAUCUUCCUCACUCAUAUCUUCUGCAAUCACCAGAGAUGGCGUGCCGCCCAUUGGUCAACAGGAACCUGCCGCCGCCAAACAAGCCGCCUCGAGAGCUUCCAGACUUCUACCUGAUCUGGUGCCUAUGAUCAUAUCGAUUUAUGAGAGAACGAACACACUGGCUGGCGAGCCCAUGUCUCCUGUUGCAUAUUCGGAGACUGUCUUGAGAAUGUCUAAGCUGCUGGCCUUCCUCCAAAACGCAGGUGGCGAACUAGACUCCAAUGUUUUGCAAAAGAUCGCGUCUACCUCGAGUCGCUCUCUGUACCAGCCUAAAGUCAACGCGGGCUUCUCUGGCGGCAUUUCGAAACAUGCUAUAGCUGAUAUGGCCCUUCGUGCGUACCCACCGCCAAGUGCUGGCGUUCCUCUCGCCGAUACAAUAGCUAUUCAGUCAGGCAUAGUUUCAAUCUUGUCCAUGCUUGGGCUUGAGCGGAAGAAGGCUGUCAUCGUGAAAGAGAUGAUUACGUUACUAGUACCAGCCCUUGUCCAAGCCAGGAAGGUUGGUGCUGCUGAGAUGGGUAUUCAUCCCGCUGCGAGCCUGUCUGCUGCCUUUGGACCUGGUAUUCCAUCUGCAGCGACCAAUGACGAACAAGUAGGUCUUGGCAAUCUUCUACGAGAUCUGCAUGCUACUUAUGGUGCUCGUGAUCGCAACCAUCUUGACUUGACGAAAGGCGCCUCAGACGCUGGCCAAGAGAAUGCUGUUGAUGUGCUCAUCAAUGCCACGAUUGCCUUGACGGCUCAGUCUGCAGGCACCAAGUCAUUUGGCAGCAUCAAUCUCAAGAUCGACAUACUUAGAGCAUGCAUCGACUUUUGCGAAGCGUUGCCAGAUCUUCCAGGUGUUGUACAUUUCUCGGCUUUGUUAUUGCGAGUUGUUGGUCCGCAGGGUACCAUGACUGCACAUGAGCAAAACCGCCGCGUAACGUUGGUUACUGAGGAACAGCUCAGAUUGAUAUCCAAUAUGUCACGAACGAUCAACGCUGCCAACAAAAUCGGCUUGCCAGAUGUGCGAGCUUUGUAUUGGGACGACUUCCUAGUUCGCGAUGUUCAAUGGAUCGAUGAUACAAACAACGAGAAGCUGCGUGAACGACACAAGUCUGACCUACUAUUCGAUUCCGGCAACAAGCCUGGCAAAUCGCCAUUUCUAUAUAAUCCUUUCGUCAAGGAAACACACAAGACGGAAGAUAAGAUUGUUGUUGUAGGUGAACCUGCAGAACUGGUCAUCACCCUGCAGAAUCCUUAUGGCUUCGAGGUCAGGAUUGACCGUCUAUCUUUGGUGACAGAUGGUCCAGCUAUCGAGGUCGACGAGCAUCCCAUUACCUUGGGCCCUGCCCGACUUCAGGAUGUUGUGGUCACCGCACGCGCCAAGGACGAAGGCCAGAUCAAGAUUCUUGGAUGUUCUGUCCAUGUGUACGGCUGCAAAGACCAAGUAUUCCCAAUCUACCAGUCGCCGUGGAAGCCCGACUUUCCCAGCAAGGUGAAGGAACUUGGUCUGUCGGCUCGUGACCCAGCAUCCGCAACACGAGCAAGAAGCUCUAAAGGUCGCUCAUCAAACCCAGUCCUACCUCAACCAACUACAGUAUCUGCUGUGGCUAUUCAAGCUCAGCCACAUGUCGUACUAGACAAACUCAACCUUUCUGAAUCCGCCUUGAUGGUUUUGGAAGGCCAAAAGAAGACUUUCCAGAUCACUCUUCGAAACACCUCAGCACACAUCGCCGUCGACUUCCUCCACAUCUCUUUCGAUGAUUCUCUCACGUCAUCCAUACAUACUGCCUUGGCUGCCAAAGAGCUGACCAAGCCGGACAUGUAUGGACUUGAGCUUGAAUUAUCAAACAAUCCAACGUUCUCAUGGAUUCGUUCUGGUGGCGGUCAAAACAUGACGAUCCCGCCAGGCGAGAAAGCAACAUUCGAGAUAACUGUUCUUGGCAAACCAGGUCUUGCGGCUGCCAAAGUGAUGUUUGAUUAUGCACAUUUGGGCAAGCCGUUUGCAGAAGUUGAGGGACGGGCGUUCACCCGCCAAGUCGCCGUACCCAUUGACAUCACUGUCAAUGCGAGCAUACAGCUUCACCGCAUAGACUUCUCUAAUUUUCCUGCUGAUUACGCUUGGACGAACCGAGGACUGCAAGAGCAAGGUCAACGACCAAAGACACCUCGCUCCCCAUCGCACCCGGUAGAGAAGGGCAGUGAUCGAUUCCGAACGCUGUUAGAUCGCGUCGGCUUGGAGUCGAGCAAUGAAGAGCACUGUCUGCUACUUCUCGACUUGCGCAACUCAUGGCCAAACCCUCUCACAGUAUCUGUUCAAGUGCGCUCUUCGUCCGCUGAUGAAAGCUGGAAUCGUGCCUACACGGUUCAUGAAGUGGUACAUCCAGGUCACAUUGCGCGACUCGUGCUAUUACUGCCUCGCCUCCACAUUGCCAAUCCUUACGCUCCUAUACCCAUCCUAUCUCAGCAAAAUCAACGACAGUUUGUAGUUUCUGCCGACGGACCGGUAUCUGCAGAUCUUGAACGCGCCACAAGAGAGCAGUUUUGGUUCAGAGAGGAAGUACUGAAAUACCUUCGCGGUACAUGGGAAGAGAAGGGAUCCGACCGAUACGGCAACAUUGAUCUCCGUGGUCUGAGGAUGAGCCCGAAAAUGAUUGAUACCAUACGUCUGCAAGACAUUGAUAUUCGUAUGACCAUCGUACCCACAGAGAGCGAAGAAGUGCAGCAGACUGGCCGCAGCAAGUUUGUCGUAACAGCCGAGAGUUUACUGACGUUACAAACAACAAUCCACAACAGAAGCAAUGGCACCAUCCAGGCACUACUACGUCUUCAACCGACACUCGCGGAUCAAAGCAACUCGGAAACAAGCCUUGACAUUUCUCGCCGCCUGCUCAUCAGCGGCACAUUGCAGCAGUGUACGCCUACCCUCUCACCCAAUAGUUCCGUCACUCUCGAACUCGGCAUCUGCCCACUAGUAAGCGGUGAAUUUGACAUCAGUGCUCUGGUGGAAGAAGUCACUUUGCCAACCUUCGAAGUCAAAGAAAUCGGCGAAGUCGAGACCGAAGACUUCGAAGCAGGGAAAGAGGGGUUGGCGAGGAAAGAGCGACGUGUGUGGAGGGGUGAGGAAGGUUGUAGAAUUGUUGUUGUUUAGUAUUACCUGGAUAUGAUGAUUGGCUAUGACAUAUUGCUUGUUGUUAUGCAGACAUGGGGCUUGCUGAGGGAUUGCACAAACGCUUGCACUGCACCAGUAUUGUCCACCGAGAGACUGCCGAGACUCAAAUUCCAAUGAAAAUUUGACGUGUGCAAUACAAAUGUGCAUU